GAGCGCGGGAGCUGCACCGCUGGAGGUCGGGCCCGUGGGGCGCGGUUGGCAGCGGUCUGUCGGCCCGAGCUCCGGCGCUUGCCUCUCGCGGAGCCUCGCCCGCGGUGCCCGUGGACGUGCGGGCUGGGGGAGGUGGGGAAGACGAAUUCCCGCGCUGUGUAGCCGCUUUAAGUGCCGACUGUGAGGUUCUUGGUUCAGAAACGAUGUCAGAGGUUCUGGAUCUCCAUGGACAGGACUCUGAUGGGGGUAGUGAAGAGGUGGUCCUAACUCCUGCAGAGCUCAUUGAAAGGCUGGAGCAGGCAUGGAUGAAUGAAAAGUUUGCCCCUGAGCUACUGGAAAACAAGUCUGAAAUUGUCGAAUGUGUCAUGGAACAGCUAGAGCACAUGGAAGAAAAUCUCAGAAGAGCCAAAAAGGGUGAUCUGAAGGUCAGUAUACAUCGAAUGGAGAUGGAGAGGAUCCGCUACGUCCUUAGCAGCUAUUUGCGAUGUCGACUUAUGAAGAUAGAGAAGUUUUUCCCUCACAUUCUAGAGAAGGAGAAAACACGCCCAGUGGGGGAACCUUCCAUCCUUUCUCCAGAGGAGUUUGCUUUUGCCAAAGAGUAUAUGGAUCACACAGAGACCUAUUUUAAAAAUGUUGCCUUAAAACACAUGCCUCCCAACCUGCAGAAAGUGGACUUCUUGAGGGCAGUUCCCAAACCAGAUCUAGAUUCGUAUGUGUUUCUGAGAGUGAAAGAACGACAAGAAAACAUACUAGUAGAACCAGAAGCGGACGAGCAGAGAGACUAUGUUAUUGACUUGGAGGAGGGCUCGCAGCACUUGAUCCGGUACAAAACCAUUGCACCUCUUGUUGCUUCUGGAGCAGUUCAGUUAAUAUAAAACAAGCCUGAGGAUAUGGAAUCAUGGACGAUGGCAGAAACUCCAUUUCCUUUCCUGCCUGACAAUAAUGAAGUCAUGCUCCAUGCAGUAGGGUUUGCUGAGCAGCAUGUGGAUUACUGGACUUGGAGGAGUCAAUGCAGGAUUCCCUUCAUCACCAUACCCUUCUCUUAACUUCCUGUUUCAGCCAGUACCAACAGAUGGGGCCCUUGCUCUGUAAACUCAGCAAAUAAAUCAGCUGUCAGGUGUGCCUUUUCUUUUUCUAUUUUUUAUUGAGCUCAGGAGAGGUCAUGAAGAGGCUUCUCUGCCAUUCUUGUGAUGGGGAGACGUAUUGGGCAUAACUUGAUGGUGAUGGGAGAAUUCCUGUAGCCUUCCUAGUAGACAAUAUGAGCA